CACAGUAUAGCUAGACGAAAUAGAUGACCUACAGUGUAAGAGCUCGGUACGUAUGCAGAAGGAGGACGACAAAUUUGGUUUGCUACUGGAAAGGUUUAUUCUAUCCCCUCUCUAUUCUGUCGUACUGGUACUGGCUUACUUUCAGUUCUCGGUUCCCACAUCGAAUCGGGCCGUUAUACCUCCAGGAUCGGAAUCUUGUUUGCUUUGAUGGUUUAGUUACGACUACGAGCUAAAAGCUAUGCAACUAACGAUAACUAUGAUAACAUGGCGAUCAGUGAUCACAACUGUACUAAGAUGAAGAGCAGUUAAAUACAUGUUACUAGGUGCUGGCAUAGUGCUAAGCAAUCAAGAAUGAAGAAUGCAGCCACCUUCAUCUCCCCGCUGUCUCUCGCCGCCACGUAGUGGCACCAGAAUAACGAGGACAAUUCGUAAAAGCAUUGUCGGGGACAAGCCUUGAAUUCAUCAGAGCGAGGGGUCAACGUCAAUAUCCAUCCGCAUACGUGACCACCGUCGUAAAAACGCACAGAUUGCACACGCCAAUCACUGGCUUCCGCCUGUGAAAUCAGCAAACCGAAGCCACCUGUUUAAAGAGUCUUCGCUUCGACCACUACCACCAGCACCACGCACCAAAGAACAUCACUCUCGUCCUGCCACACCGAAAAAAGAACCCAUCAAGCUCCGCGUCUGCCAAGGGGCUCGUCUCCACCUCUUGUAACGAGCUUCUGCCGGCACGACCUACAUUAUAGACAAGUUGCUUCUAGUCACGUGUAGUCCAUCUUCCUCAACAGGUUCUUCCACACUACUACAUCAAGAUGCCGUCCUCCGUGGAAAACAUCGUGACCGCGCAAUUGGGCGUCAAACAAGCCUUGCCAUGGGCCUUCAUAGAGGGUUUUUUGGUCCAAUUUUCCUGCGCGUGGGGAUUUUUUUUUAUAAGUUGCCUCGCGUCGCCACUCGUUUGGGGAGAAAUACCCGACGAGAGAAAACUACUAUGGCAUACGACGUUCGUAGCGCUCUGCCAGCCUUUUUAUGUACUUGUUGCUACUUACUUACUUUGCACUUCUUUCUAGGUCAUAUUUGCUUUUCAAAGAAGAUGAAUCGAUUACAUGAUGUUGUACGACUUCCACCUCAACAAUCCAUUCCUUGUUUCUAUACCUCUUCCUCUAUGUCAACAUAUAAGCAUGAAGAGGGCGUUUUGCUUUUUAUUCCAAUUUUCUCUUUAGAAGAAAGGCAAAGGAUCUCAAAAAUCCUUACAUCUGUAUAAAGAACAAGGAUUCACACACUACAACAUAAUUUUCCCUCGUCCUAGUCUUAAUACAUACUCCCUUGUUCAUCCAAGAAAAGCAAAAGAAAUCAACAAAGAACAAAUCAUUACCUUCCACCUAACUCAGAGCGCAUAUGCAAUAUGGGAUGAUGUUGCAGCCGUAGUUUCAUGGUGGUGGCAAAACCCAAUGGGCGAUUGGUUGGACUACAAGCCAACACCUGGGAUAUUUUAUGGAGUUGGUACAACUAAGAUGAAUCUUCUACUCAAGAACAAUCAGUGUACCUAAUAGAUAGUACAUCAUGAUGAAGAAUGUCCUAUUCGUUUUGCUGGCCUGUAAUUACUGAUCUGAUGAUUGAUAUAUCAUUUGAACAUAACGACCGAUUUUCAGGUCUAGCAUGCGGAUUUAUGGCGAUGGACACGAUGACUCUAGCGAUAUGGCCAAAGACGCUGAUGAAGGCAUUGAGGCGGAGCAUGUUCAUCCAAAUGCUCAUUCAUCAUAUACUGAGUACUAUGAAUUUUUGAAGAUCUUCAAUUUUUGAAGAAGUUGAUGAUCUGUAUAUUACGAGCGUACUUUUCUUUGUGUCUUCUUGUUCCUACUUAUUCUGCUCAUUAUCCAUCGACCACUACCUCCACCACUUUCACACCAACCAGCACACCAACGAGCACAUCUUCAACUACAUUCCCUUAUACAUUUAGACAUAGAUAGUGAAACACUUCACGUUCACCUUAGGUCUGAUAUUUUGGCCGUAUGCCUUGUGCACGCAGAAAGGAGCUGUCCCGAUAUUAUAUUUCGUACUCACGGAAGCAUCAAAUAUCUUCGUCAAUCUAAGGUGGCUUCUCGAGAAUAGACCCGGGUGGGACACGUCAUCUGCGUAUUUUCUCUUAUGUUGGUCUCGCCCUCGCCAUCUUUCUAAUUUCAUCUACGACGUCAAUGUGAAUGUAUACAACAGUUGUUCAUCUCCAAUGUAUACAGUUACAGUUCAUCUCUAUUAUUGAUUCUUGUGUUUAAACUAACAUCUCUAUUGAUUCUUGUGUUUAAACAGAUGAAAGAGAAACAAAAUGCAAAUGAUACCUCGUAGAAGUAAGUAGACUUGGACCGUUUUCUAAUUCCAAAAAAAAAAUCCCCUUGCCAAUGAAAUCAGGUAUUACAUCACCGGGAUUUCCAUGUUGUUCGUUUUCUUCAUCAUAAGAGUCUUGCCGAUGCCCUGGAUCGCGUUUCACUGGGUACGGCCAAGCAGCUACGCGCAUUGCAGCACCUUCCAGACGAUGAUAUUCCUACUACUUCUGCCGAUACCUUUGUACCUCAAUGCGUUCUGGUUCAAGUUGAUGGUGAAGAAGGCUAUCCGGGUUAUCACGAAAGCACUAGUGUCGAGCGAAGUGGAGAGGAAAUCAGAGAUGAGCAGGACCUCCAAGGCAGAAGGAAGAGCGACUCGGGUACCGAAAUCAUCGGACGCGAAAUUGGAGUAGCGUCUCUUAUUACCUAUGACAAUCUUGUUCUGCCAUGGUUGAGCGGCGCCCUACGUAUGACAAUCUUGUACUUGUUCUGCCAUGGUUGAGCGGUUCAAAUUCACGCCUCUUUUUUUCGUAUUUAGUACUUGUUUUCCCUUGUAUUUUUGUAGCAACGAUUUAAGAAAGAACUCAGACGUUCUUGUGUUAACCAGCGGGUUUAAUUUUUCAACUUUUGCAAAUGCUGGUCGUCCUGAAGCUAAAACGAGCAGCAGUGUAAGUUGUAUCUCAUUAAUUAAAAGUUGGUCAACAUGCAACAAAACCAAUAUGAAUAUGGGAGACGCUUGUAGCUAAAACGCUCCUGCUCUUCUCUCGUUUCCACACAUCUUCGCGUUUACAUGCAG